AAUAUCCUGCCAGACAGACGAAACAUAGUUUUUCAGUCAGUUUACCUGGUAUAACAGGAGAAUUCAGGAGAUAGGUACCUCAUUUGAUAAAUUUAUAAAAGUUCUUGAGUGAAUAUUUUUUAUUAAUCAUGGGUUGUGAGUUGCCUCGUGUUAAUAAGUGCUGUUGCUGCCCAUUACGAACUGGAGCACUGAUAAUCGGCUAUUAUUCACUGAUCAGCGCGGGCUUCUCCCUCGCGUCCACGUCAACCCUCAUCUACCAAGUGGCCCAGUACGUGGCUCAGAACCAGGACCACCCGCCUCCGGGGCUCACUUCGGCAGACGUGAAGAGCAAGGCUGUGAGACAGUACAUCGCACUCGGGCUUCAGCUGGCUGGAUACCUGUUCUACUUUACUAUUAGUUUGUUGCUGGUCAUUGGCGCUCACAAGAACAAGCCGCGCUACAUGCGGCACUACUUCAUCGUCGGGAUCGUGAACCUGGUGUUCAACCUGGCCGUGGUCAUCGUUUCCUUCCUCUUCACCGGCCUGCUCGUCACGCUGUGGCAGCUCUCGGCUUGUGGUCUAAUGUUCUACUUCCUGCUCGUGAUCCGGAGCACUGCGCUGGAGAUGGAGGAGGCGGCUCGUCCCAAGGUGUACGAGAUGACCGAGACCGGGCCCAGGUCGCCGAGCUACGUGCCCACGCCGCCGCAGUAUGCGCCUGCGCAGGAACCGCUGAUGCAGUAGACAUGGUGACCAGGGGUUGGGUUGUGCAGUAGUGGAGUGGAGUGACCAGGGGUUGGUGAUGCAGGGGGUUGGGAAAUGGAUAUUGUAAGGGGGGUUUUGUGAACAAUUUUUUUUGAGUAUAAUUUACUAAGGUUUUAUGUUUAUCGUUAUGAAAACAUCAAUAAUGUUCAGUGGAGUAGACCACUUUUAGCUUACAAUAUCAUUUCUACCCCGUUUAGGUACUUAAGUAGGUUUACUUAAGGUAUAAUUGCAAUAACUGCCCACCUCGGUGUAAAUGAAUGGAUGCUAAUUUAAGUUAAUAAAAUACUUAGGUGUUAAAUUAAGAAAAGUA